GUUCUUCCUCGUACUUCGGAAGCGUCAAAACUACGGACAUUGAAUUUCCCAAUAAUAAAAAAAGAAAAUAAAAUCAACUAAACACGAGACAAGGUCAAAUCCGUCAUUCCACAUCCCCACCGCGUUAUAGCCCAGAAUUCGAUUCUCAAACAACACUUUCUUCCUUUCUCCUCAUUCAAUUUCAAUGGCUGAUGUAACCUAUCUCCGUCACCACCACGAACCCGACGAUGAUCAAACCCUAAUCCCUUUACCCUAUUGGUCUUCCCCUUCCGAUUUCGAUCUCGAUUUUGAUCUCGAUUUGUUCUCCUCCGACCUCGAUUUCCAUCCCCACCACCACCACCACUUCUCUCGUGAAAAUUUCGUCAUGGAUCUCUUUCAACAGCGUGUAGAGCAAUCUCACGUCAUCGAUCACACCGAUCCUAUCCAUCAGUCCUUAAACGACUCCGUUUUCGACAGUUUGAGUCUCGAUUUAGGGUUAAACUCUACCGAUCUAUACAUCGAGGACGAUGAUUUUACCGAUUCGAGGGUUUCGAGAUCAGAUCCAAUCAACGGCUUGCGUAUCGUUGAGAUUGAUUCGGAAUCUGACGGUGAGGAAGUAGACGGAGACGGAAACAGGGACAACGUGUUGUAUGGGAUCUGCGUGCAUUCUGAUGAAGAAGAGUUUAGCAAUGUAAUCGAGGAUGUUACGAAUUUUCCUUUCCGUUGGGAUUCUCUUCAGUUGGAUGAUAAUCAGAUAUAUGAAGAUUUUGAUUGGGAGGAAGUUGACGGUCGUUUAGACGGGAUGCCGGUUGGUAACGGCAACAAUGUCAACAAUAGGGCAGUUAGCGCUGUUCGUGAUUUUCCGUAUAUCGAAGAAGAAUCAGAAGAAGACGGAGGAGAGCUUACAUUGACAAGGGUUGGUGAAGGCAUGGGGAAUCUCGAGUGGCAAGUGUUGUCGAAUUCGGAUAAUUUAGGCACAAGCCCUGAAACUUACCAUGUAAUUGCAGAGCCUUUUGAGGACAAUGAUGAUUACAUUUACACUGCAGAGUAUGAGAUGAUGGUUGGUCAAUUCAUAGGUAAUGAUAACCCUUCUAUGGGGAGGCCUCCCGCUUCUGUUACUGUUGUGCAGAAUCUUCCUUUGGUGGUUGUGACCAAAGAGGACGUGGACAACAACAAUGCUCUGUGUGCAGUCUGUAAAGAUGAAUUUGCUGUUGGAGAUGAGGUGAAGUUGUUGCCGUGUACUCAUCGAUACCAUGGCGAUUGCAUUGUGCCGUGGUUGGGGAUUAGGAAUACUUGUCCUGUUUGUCGCUAUGAGUUCCCCACAGAUGAUGCUGAUUAUGAACGUAGGAAAGCGCCGAUGCUGGCCCGGAGCGCUUGAUUGUAUGUCAUUGUUGCUAGGCUGUUGAGAGUUUAGGUUUUUUGGUCCUGAAAUAUUGCAUGCCUUUGUUAAUUUUUGAAUUUUUCAUAUGGAGAUUUUUUAUUAUAGGUAUGUUAUCUUCCAAUUGUAUUUUAGGAUACAUCAUAAAAAUGAAUCAACUUUCUAAGGAAUACAUGAAUUUGUUAUGCAA